UCGGACGAUGAUCCGGUUCGCAAGUUACAUUUGCGUUACGGUCGGAUAAUUAAUUAUCCGUAAUUGCAUUUCUUACCUAUGGUAGAAAUGAACGUUGUGGAGAAGGCAUCGUCCGAAAAUCUAAACAAUAUACAAGUUUUGCCGACUCCGGAAUCACCGAUGAGCAGUAAUUUGAACAACAGAUCGUACGUCUUUUUCGCCAUUUCACUGUUGCUCCGCGUUAACGAGGCGCUCAAGAAAACAAAACAAGUCGAACCUGUGGAGCACGAUUUACGGUUUUUCCAGACGAUGUUUCGAACAUCGAAUGCUCUGAACGAUUAUAGGUUUCAAGGUCGGACGAGGGCGCGUCUCGGUGUACAACGGAGCCUCUUUAACGACGGAAAAACCGGUCACAGGGGCUGACUAUUAAAAGACAAUACGACGUCACACAACAGAGCAGCACGCAGAAGCAUCGGGGUAACUUUGCACUUUGCGUUCUGACGAGUCUGAACGAGUCACAAAUGUACAUCGGCUAACCAAUGAUUUCCUGGUACGACUGUUUCAUCGUUGUUACAAUCACGAAACUACGCCGGGUUCAACUGCAAAUAUUCCAUCUACCACUGGAGGUCACCACCACUGCAAGAACGAUUUUAAAUUACCCGGAUGUUAGAUAGAAUGUAUACAUAAAUCAGCACCAAGUUAUUGCUUAUUUUAUCGAUUUCACGCUGUUCAUUUCUACUUGCACGUAACUGUACUUUGUUUGCUCUGUAUCGAUGCGUGUCGAAAUGGAAACGUCGACGUUCCGCGACGCUGUACGUUUGAAAUUUUGCGCUCGAGAUAAUUAUCAGUUUGCAGUUUCCGCUAAGUUACUAUCGGACGCACGAGGUGAACAGCUUGAAUAAACAGUAGUACGAAGGAAAAGCUGUGCUCGCGUGGCUAGCGUCAUAGUUUUCCGCACGUGACCAAGGAAUAUGGCAGCUAAAAUGAAUUAUUUCGAUCCACCGAGUUCGGCGAGUUCCGAUAGUGAUGAUGGAGAAGUUUGUUUGGGCGAGCGAGAGAUCAGUCUCGCCGACGAGCUCUGCGAGGAUGCUGAAUAUUAUAGAUGUUCUGACAUCGGAACACCAACACCGCAGUCUCCCCGUCCACUUUCCACGGAGCUGCUUUGGAGCACUUGUGUUUGGCAGAUAGGAUGCACUUGGCUCAAUGAUAAGGAAACCUUUAAUUGCAUAACAGGAUCUCAAAUUUCCCCAAGGACACGAAGGCAGCGAACUACCAGCUUAUCCCAGUCUAAUAAAAAAAUAUCUUCAGAAUCCAUACUUAGAAGUAAGACAAGAACCAUAUACACAGCUGGUAGACCUCCAUGGUAUAAUUCAGCAGGACAACAAGUUGAACCUUUUGUAAUUGGAAUUUGCGGAGGCAGUGCAUCUGGUAAAACCACAGUAGCAACAAAAAUUAUAGAAUCCUUAGAUGUACCAUGGGUAACAUUACUCAGCAUGGACUCAUUUUACAAAACACUUUUUACUAAGGUCUUAAAUGAAAAGCAGCAUGAAAUGGCUGCAUGUAAUGAAUACAAUUUUGAUCAUCCAGAUGCUUUUGACUUUGAACUUCUUAGAACAACACUGCAACGCUUAAAGGAAGGUAGAAUGGUGGAAGUUCCUAUAUAUAAUUUUGUAACUCAUUCUAGGGAAAAUAGAACUAAAACAAUGUACGGUGCCAAUGUCAUUAUAUUUGAGGGAAUAUUUACAUUCUACAAUGUCGACGUUUUAAAGAUGUGUGAUCUGAAGAUAUUUGUUGAUACCGAUGCCGAUGUAAGACUCGCCAGACGAUUACGAAGAGAUAUAACAGAUAGGGGAAGGGAUCUAGUGGGUGUCUUAAAACAGUAUACUACAAUGGUGCAACCAGCUUUUUACUAUUAUAUAGCACCAUUAAUGGUUCACGCGGACAUUAUUGUACCGCGUGGCGGAGAGAACGAGGUUGCAAUAGAAUUAAUCGUGCAACAUGUGCAUACUCAAUUGCAACUGAGGGGCUUUAAACUCAGAGAAAAGUUAGCUCACUCAUAUAUUGGUCAGCCAUUGCCAUCUUCUCUCUACAUGCUUCCGGAUACACCACAGAUCAAAGGUCUACAUACAUUUAUAAGGAACAAAGAAACGUACAGAGACGAAUUUAUAUUUUAUUCGAAACGUUUGAUACGUUUGGUUAUUGAGUACGCGUUAUCACUUUUGCCUUUUGAGGAUGUAACAAUAGAAACACCUCAAGGAGUCCUGUAUAAUGGAAAACGCGGUGCCACGGAUAAAAUAUGUGGUGUUUCCAUUUUGCGAGCCGGUGAAACCAUGGAACAAGCUGUUAGGGACGUAUGUAAAGAUAUUAGAAUAGGGAAAAUACUUAUACAAACCAAUCAACAAACUGGGGAACCAGAGCUUUACUACCUUCGAUUACCAAAAGAUAUAAAAGAUUAUAAAGUGAUAUUAAUGGAUGCAACAGUAGCGACCGGUGCUGCUGCCAUUAUGGCCAUUAGAGUUUUACUGGAUCAUGACGUUGCUGAAGAGAAUGUUUUACUUGUGUCGUUACUCAUGGCAGAAUCUGGCGUACACUCUGUUGCCUACGCAUUCCCACGUGUCAAAAUUGUCACGUCCGCCUUGGAUCCUGUGAUAAAUGAGAAGUUCUACGUGCUACCUGGUAUCGGUAACUUUGGGGAUCGAUACUUCGGAACCGAGCCAUCUGCGAUUGAGAAUUAAAAUAGCUUAAGGCAAUUUCAGUUCUAUAUUUAUAGGUAAUUACUUAAUCUGUUGUUAUAAAGCAAAUACAGUUGUCUUAUAUAUCUUUAAUAAAAUUUGUGUUACAAUCGGGACUGUACGUGUCUACUGUCCAAUAAUUAUAUAACAUUUGCGUUAUUAAAGUGGCGUUGUGUCAAUGUUAGAACCGACACCGCCAUUUUCAGCAACGGCGCCAGUACUGCGUAAUUGUCUGUAGCCGCGAGCGCUUGCUCGGCGGGAACGACGCCAAGAAUCUAAGUUUCCCGCAGUGGUACCGUUCGGUUGAUUCAAAAGAUACGUGAUCAGCCGAUCUAGUGCAGCCAAAUCUUCACUCGUGUUACCAGUAUUUCCUAAAGUCUCAGGUGGCCGCAAAUUGUCAGAGAUGGUUUCCUCCGAGCGACCAAUAUUUGUAAUAUUAUUCACAUCGCUUGUUUGGAGACCCAACUUUGAAGUAAACUGUAUCGAAUAAUUAUAUUCCUUUAGUUCCUUAUAUAAUAUAUUUUAAAUAAAAGAAUAGCAAAAUACCUGUUCAGGACCAUGUUGGCCGUAACUCAAUCUCUGCACUUUUCGGAAUGUUUCGUCGUUAAUUGCUUCGCGGACUGCUUUGUUCAACGUUUGCU